GGGGGGCUACUCUCUACUGCUCCCCCCCCCCCCCCUCUCUGUCUCUCUCCCUCUUUCGCGACUGCGUCUGGCUGGGCUCCGCUGGUGGGUGUGCAUGCAUGUGUUCUGCACCGCACGGGCGGAAAAAGCGCCCCAGAUCUGCGGGGAGCAUCUUCCCCACCGGCAAAGUGGCGCAAACGGAGCCGGAGCGCCGCGAGAGCGCGGAGGGGGCCGUGGAAGGCAGCAGGAUGGCGAUGCAGGAAUUCAACACCCUGGUGGCGCUGUACCGCGAGCAGGUCAUAUCCGUCGGCGAGAUCUCAAGCGACUGCCCGUCGCUGCGGGCUCAGAUGCACCACACGCGCUCCAAAGGUUGCUCCAUGGCGCGGGCGGCGUACCAGGACCUCACGCUCAUCUCUGUGUCCGGUCUGGAGGACGGAGAGAUCCACCCCGAGAUCUGUCGGCUCUUCAUCCAGCUGCAGUGCUGCCUGGAAAUGUUCAUAACAGAGAUGCUCAAAUCCAUGUGCCUGCUGGGGGUGCUGCAGCUGCACAGAAAAAGAACCGAAUCAGAGCCCAGGUUGGACUUCAGGGUGGAUGAAAGCUCCGACGUUCCCAUCCUAGAUGACCGAUCCUCCUCUCCCACCCACUUCCCUCAGGAGCAGUGGCUGGUGGGAAUGGAUAUUCAAAAUAUAGAGAGGCCAAAUAUUAGAAGUCAUUUCAACUGGACAUCAGUGGGCAUGGCUUGUUUCUGUGAUCGAUACCCUUGGGGCUCCUGGUCCGCCUGCUCCAGAACCUGCAACCACGGCACCCAGCACAGAUACCGGCAAUAUCAUUAUAAUGAUGGCUAUUACUGGAAGAACAGUUGCCAUCAGCUGUGUGAGAAACAUGACGAGAGAGCUUGUAACGAGCAGAACUGUCCCAUCAACUGCCGGCUGACAGACUUCGGGUCUUGGUCCGACUGCUCGCCUUGCGCCAAGAAACAGUUUCGGACGCGGUCAGUCGAGAGGCCGUCCCAAUUUGGUGGAUCGGCCUGCAGCGUGGAGCUGACGGAUGAGAGGCCCUGUUACCCCUCCACAGAGUGCAAGUUAGCACCCAUCGAUUGCAGAAGCGACUUUAAGUGUGAUAAUGGACGCUGCAUCAAUUCAACGCUGACGUGCAACAGGCAGAACGACUGUGUAGAUAACUCGGAUGAGAGGGACUGUGCAGACUUCAAGACAGUGUGUCCAACGGAGAGGAGGGUGGCCCCCGGAGCUAGCCUGGUAGGAAAUGGAUUUGAUGCUCUGGCCGAGAAGCAGAGGUCAGCGGUACUGGACAAUAUGUUUAUGGGAGAAAGUUGCAUCAUCAGGAGGCCUCCGACCACGCUGCUGUACCAUCGCAUACCUCACAACUUUGAGAGCUUUGACAUUAAGGUUGGAGAGUUGGAGGACUUCAGCACAGAGCCCCAUCUGCUGCAUACCGAGUCCAUUAAUAUAAAGAGGUCCAGUUCGUCUGCAAAGGAAACGAAAAAUUCAGACUUCUUAUUCGUGAUCCUCUUCCUACGAGAUAGAUUUGGAAACCAAGUCAGCUCUAACAAGGAAGCUUUUGAAGCUUCAAAGAAAAAGGACUCCAAGUUUUUCCGGGUCCACCAGGUUCUGCCCGUGUCCACGUUCAAGGUGAGAGACCCGGCGGACCUCGUCUUGUCGCAGCCCUUCCUCCAGUUCCUUCACGCGCUUCCUCUGGAGUACAACUACGCCCUCUACAGGGACAUCUUCCAGCGCUUUGGAACGCACUACUACAGCUCAGGGAAACUGGGGGGCAUCUAUGACCUGUUGUACCAGUUCAGCCGAGAGGAGCUCUCCACUUCAGGUGAAACGGAAGAGCACACCAAAGGCUGCCUGGGCCGCGAGACCACGUGGUCCAUCAUCCUCUACACGGAACACAGCAGCGUGACCCGAUGCUCCGACAACAGAAUGACCGAGAAAUAUCACGGCUCGUACAUUCAGGCAUCAGAGAAGUCUUUCUCAAUGACGAGGGGAGGGCGACCCAGAGAGGCAGCAGCUCUGGCCUGGGAGAGGCAAGGCCCCGCUCCUGACCGGACAUCCUACAAGAACUGGGCCAAGUCGGUUCUCGACAACCCUCAUCUGGUCGAAUACGAGAUCCUUCCCAUUAUAGAUCUGGUCCGGGGGAUCCCAUGUGCUGCUACAAAGAGGAGGCACCUGAGGAAGGCCCUGCUUCAAUACCUGGAGGAGUUUGAUACCUGCAAGUGCUCUCCCUGCCCCAACAACGCCAAGCCAGUUCUCUCCGGCACAGAGUGCAAGUGUAUUUGUCAAACUGGCACAUUUGGCUCAAACUGUGAGAAACGGGCCCCCGACUUCACUUCAGAGGCGGUGGAUGGUUACUGGAGCUGCUGGGGGCCGUGGAGUAGCUGUGGAGGCUCAAUGAAGAGACAUCGAAGGAGGCGGUGCGAUAACCCCCCCCCCCUCAGAGGAGGCCAACCCUGCGAGGGUCCCGACAGGAAUGAAGAUCCAUGUCAUGUCUCCAUCUUUGAAAGGCAGCAGACCUGUGACAAUGAUGACGACUUCACCGUAGGCUGGAGCGAUGAGCUGCCACCGGGGGUGCAGGGCUGUCGGAGGCCACAGAGGCCCGCCAACAGUUUCCUCAGGAAAGCAAAGCAGUAUUAUGACUUUGGUGAGGACGAACACUUUGUGUGCUUCACUGGAUUUGAUCUGGAGGGUUUCCAGUACAUCAACUGUCUCCCUGACGGGACGUGGAGUCAACCAAGAGGCAGAUGCUUGAGGAAGCUGUGCCUUCCUCCGGAGAUCCCUGAUGGCAUGAUGCUGUACCCCAACAAAGCCCAGUACAAAGUGGGGGAACAUGUGGGUAUGAACUGUAACGUGACAAACUUCUUACCGGUGCCAUCGGGCUUCUACAGAUGCAAGGAAGAUCUCACCUGGGAUCCUCCACUACCCGCUGAACUACGCUGCACUGACGAGGAACCGUACGUUCCAGAGAGUAGGUGUGGUCCAGGAGAGAAACUGCUGAACUCUAGAUGUGUCUGCGUUCCACGAGAGAGCUGCCUUUCACAACCGGAGACUCUCUGCAUCCUGAACCUCGACAUUGGCGUCACCGUGCCAAUGUCCCUCUGCUCCUUCGGCGCUGGUCGUUGCCACGGGGAUCCGCUGUUCUUUGUCGCCGAGGAGGCAUGUGAGGCAGUCGAUUUGGCCAAACUGGAGUGGACACGGUUCAGAGCCAACAUGUCCUCUAAGAGCUCAGUGCAGGAGCCCUGUGGUCUCGACACCUGUUACGACUGGGAAACCUGCUCCUCCUCCAAGACGUGUGUGUGCAAAGAAGCUAGGAUGUGCCCCCAAGUUUCAGAGCAAACGUUCUGCGUGAAGCUGACAAGAAUCCGGAGGACUCGCAGCAUGGGCCUUUGUUUGAUGGCUGCCCUCAAAUGUACCAGCACUCAGAUUGAGAUUCUUAACGAAGGGGUCUGUGAGUCUAGAUGAUCCUGGAAAAAAGCUCUGCUGUGCCAUUCCACGCAAUUUCUGUAUACAUAUAUCUUUUAUCGUUCUUAAAAAAAUAAA